CUACACCACAGUGUAUCUGCACUUCUGCACUUAAGAAAAAAAUAAAAUAAAUAAAGGAAUAAAGAGAAAAGAGGCCAAAGGCACGUAAAUGAAAACGACCUAAAUAAAUCAGUAAAGGACAGCACAGAAACUCACAUAAGAAACACGUGUAAAAGGCUUUUAUUUUGAAUUCUGUCACACACCAUUGUCGGCCUGUGCAGGUGUAUUUAGUGUUCUUCACAUCUGCAGCAUUUCCACCGUCAGAGUUUCUUUCUCCGCGGGACACUGAUCAUCAGAGCAGUAAGUGCUGAAGUGUUGUCAGAGCUGGAUGACUCACUGCCAGGAUCCUCUCGAUGGCUUGUCUCAUCCUCUGUAGCAGGACUCUGAAGAAGAUCUUCACUGGUACUGAUAGUCAGUCAUGCAGUCCUGCAGUUCUGCUCUCUGUAUCCUGAUCUUACUGAUCUCUACAUUCACUACUGUGUCUGAAUCAGCUGUUCCUACAGUGAAGGUGAAUCUUCAUGACUCUGCUACUCUGUCUUGCUAUGAGAGAUGCUCUGGUUUGGUCAGAUGGACUGUGUCCCAUAAACCCACUGAUGCUCUGGCUGAGUGUGAUCAGACUUCAUGCAGAUCAGUGAAGGAGGGAUAUCAGAUGAUCCAUGAUCAGUACCUGAAGGGGAAUCUCUCUCUCAUCAUCACUGACGCUGAUUUCACUAAGAGGAACAUGUACACGUGUGACUGUGAUGGUAAAGACCUCUGUGAUGUGGAUCUACAGAUUGAGUCCCUGAAAACCACAGUUCAGAUAAAACCUGGAGAAUCUCUGGUGCUGGAUUUGGAGGUAUCGGAUCCAGUGGAGGUGAUUUAUGAAAGUUCAGAUGGCGCAAAACUAUCCAGUGGUCAGAUCUGUAAGGUAGAUGGACACUCACUACAGUGUAAAGAUGAAUAUAAACAGAGAAUGUCAAUCCCAUCUACUGUUGAGCUGAGAGGAAUUAAGCCAUCUGAUAGUGGAGUUUAUACCAUACGAGACUCCAGGAAUGAAGAGGUCAUUCACACCUACACAGUGACCGUCCAAGAUGACCUGCCCCAUCCGUGCAGAGAUGAGGGAACUUGUGUGCCAGCGUGGACGGUUGUAGUGCUGGUGCUGGUGGGAGCCGGGCUUGUGAUAUCAGUGGUGGUGAUUGUACGGCAGAGGAGGGAAAGUCAGCGGUCCUCGAGGCCUGACAGUAGUGGAGUUUAAAUCCAUGGAUGGGGAAACCACAGUAAGGUAGAGAAGAAAAGGCUUUACCAUUCAGGCCUGCCUGUGUGAGAGUGGGUGAUUAAACAUCCAGCACUCACAACACUGUACAGCGGUCACCUACCCUCCUCCUGGAGAUCUGCUUUCCUGCAGAGUUUAGUUCCAACCUGCACCCAAAAUGCUUUGUCCUUACCUAAGACUAAUGCCUCUGAUCCAGCCAAUCAGUGACUUCUGAAGAAAUUACUUGGCUGGAGCAGGUGUGGCAGAUUGUGUUUGGAACUAGACACUGCAGGAAGGUACCAGGGUUGGAGACCACUGCACUGAGGGGUGCACCUACACUCUAAUGUAGGUGUUUUAAUGUGAAAUGUAGGUGUUUUAAUGUGAAAUGUAGGUGUUUUAAUGUAGGUUUUUCAAUGUGAAAGCAAUGUGAAACAGAGACGUUGAUCUGGUUCAGAAUCUUUACUCUAGAUCUCUACCUCUUUGACUAUAAGACCUUAUUACAGAAGUUUACCGUUUUAUGAAUCGGGUAAAGCUUCCUGCGCUCCACAAUCCACUCCAGGUUUCUGUGUUCAUUCUCUCUACUUCAUAUUCUGAUUGACUUACUGGCUUAUUAAUACUUUGCUUUGUAUUAUGACCCUGAGAUUAAGACCAGUCCCUUUCUAACCUGGUUAUCUUGUGUACAUUCUUGUGUGUACAUAUGUAAACUCUUCUUUGUACAUCUGUAAAUUCAGCUUCUCUGAGUGUUGGGUUUGGCUGCUGUUUUUGUUGGUAUUGUGGGUUUUGUCUCCAUGUCUGGUCAGUGCAGUAUUCCUGUAGAUCCUUAUAAAACCUUAUAAAGUCUUAAAAUAGAUGUAAACUAGUCUAAACUAAAGCUUUGUCAUUGUAGAGUAUUUGCUGUGUCCUGCUUGAAGGUUUCACAUGAACUUAGCCAUGAUACCUGAUUGAUGGGACACUAAUGUCUGUAAAUAUAAAAAGAAUAUAUAAAAUUAAGCACUUUGCCAUCUAUAAAAAUGUUAAUUUUUAUUAAGCUACAUUUUUAGGAAUUUCUUAUAAUAUAAUAUUGACCCCUUCCUGGGAAACUGGACUUAUGACUGAUUAAGAUCCCAAAACGUGGGAGGGAAAUCAGGGCUGGGUCUUCAGA